UUACAGCGCCCCAUGUGCCCAUUUCAGCACACGGUCGUCCUGCUCAGGCGCGGUGAUGAGACCGACCAGGACGGGCAGGAAGGGCGCCAACUCGGCCAGUGGGACAGGGAGGGGCGACUUCUUGGAGCCACUCAACAGGUUCCACAGCAGCCGGCCACUCAGGUGGGGCACUCUGAUGACACUGCCCUCCCGCAUCGCCUUCAGCAGCGGCUGCAGGACGCCAUCCGCCAGCACGGCAUCGCGAUGGGUCGAUGACUCCGUCGUGAUGAUGCACAGCACCCCGAUGGCCGCCUCACGCACAUUGUCAUCGUGUGACGACACGAGCUGCACCAGGGGCGGGACGGCACCCGCAUCCACCACCGAACCGGCGUGGUGAAUCGCCAAUCUGCCGAGGGCCAAUGCUGCUACGUUCUGCACCUUCUCGCACCCGCUCAGCUGCUCUACCAAGGCUGGCAGCACACCCGCAUCGAUGGCCUUCUGCUCGAUGGUGCCGUCUCGAUGGCGCGGGAGGGACAGCAGCGGGCCGAACCACCCUACGGCUUGAGCCCGAACCUGCGAUUCGUUGGCCGAUGCUAUGAGGUGACAGAUAUCGGCGAUGGCGGCGAUGAUCUCGGCCUCGACUGCCUCCAACCCUCGCUGCUGGACGGCCUGGCCGUACGCCUCCUUGGUGCCGAUGGAUUUGCACAGGUCUCUCGCCUUGGUCAGCACUGCUUGGGGUGAGGGAUGGCCAUCUGUGCCGUCCGAAUCCAUCUCGUCCAACCUGCGAGGAACAACACACAUACACACGACGCGGAAUAGUCCCAUGCCUUCUCUGCUCCCUCCUGACCUGUCCACGUGUGCAAUGCUACGCUGCCCGCCCAGAUCUCACGACGCCACACCUGCCAUGAGAUGAGAGCCAGCGAGGAGAAUAUGAUGACACGACAUGAGAGACGUAUCUAUCUGCAGUAGGGAUGCUUUCAGUUACCGUGGUGUGUGCAGGCUGUGACGGGGAGAGGCUCACGGAACCGAUCAAACGCAACAAAAUGG